GUAGACUGGGCUCGGUCCGGAGCUGAUCUGGCCAGUUGCCUCUGGUCUUUCCUUAGUCUGUUCUGUGGCGCAGACUGGUGUGCUGUGCGUUCGCAUCGCGUUGCUCGGUUGUUGUUGUGUGUUCCUGGCCCAACGACGGCAACAUAUAAAUUAAUAUUCGACGAGAACCGAGAAAAUUAUUGUGCAGGCUUAAGCGCAUAGGGCAUCAUGUUGCCCUUCUGGAAGCGGCUGCUGUACGCCGCUGUCAUCGCGGGAGCGUUAGUCGGUGCCGACGCUCAAUUUUGGAAGCAGUCUGGUACGUCCGGUUCGAUCCAGGAUGCCGCUAGAACCCAAACCCGAUACCCCAUCGAUCAAAGAAACCCCAUUGACCCCAGCUACGAGAUCGUGCCCUCCGCCGGACAGCAGCGCGGCGAGCCGUUGCCCAAGAACUGCACGGCCGGAUAUGCGGGCUGUGUGCCCAAGUGCAUUGCGGAGAAGGGCAACCGGGGUCUGCCGGGCCCCCUGGGACCCACUGGACUGAAGGGCGAGACGGGUUACCCCGGCUUGGAGGGACCGCUGGGCGACAAGGGCCAGAAGGGUGACCCCGGUCCGUAUGGCGUGCGUGGCGACAAGGGCGAGCGCGGAUCGCCGGGACUUCACGGACAGGCUGGUGUACCCGGUGUCCAGGGCCCUGCUGGCAACCCCGGCGCCCCCGGUCUGAAUGGCAAGGACGGAUGCGACGGCGAAAGGGGUUUGGCCGGUGUGGAUGGUCUCUCAGGAAUGCCGGGACUCCGUGGCUUCCCCGGAGUGCCGGGCGGCAAGGGCGAGAAGGGUGAGCCGGCCAAGGAGAACGGUGACUAUGCCAAGGGCGAGAAGGGUGAGCCCGGUUGGAGGGGCACACCUGGUCUGGCCGGAGAGCAGGGAUUCCCGGGCGAGAAGGGCGAACGCGGUGACAGCGGACCCUAUGGAGCCAAAGGACCUCGAGGUGAACACGGCAUUAAGGGAGAGAAGGGUGCCUCGUGCUACGGACCCAUGAAGCCCGGCAACCCGGGUGAGAAGGGCGCCAAGGGAGAGCCCGCCACAUCGGCGCCAAGCAACACGGAGGUCACCGUCCAGGGACCACGUGGCGACCAGGGACAGAAGGGAGAGCCAGGACCAGUGGGCCGCAAGGGAGAAGCCGGACCGGAGGGUGAGACUGGACUCGAUGGACAGAAGGGAGAGAAGGGUCUGCUCGGUCACCCAGGAGACCGCGGUCGUCCCGGUAACUUUGGACCCCCAGGACCUCCCGGACAAAAGGGAGAUCGCGGAGAGCCCGGACUGAACGGUCUGCCCGGAAAUGUGGGACAAAAGGGAGAGGCAGGACGACCAGGACAGACUGGUAAACAGGGACUUCUGGGACCUCCUGGACCACCGGGCGGUGGACGUGGAACCCCAGGACCUUCCGGUCCGAAAGGACCUCGCGGUUAUGUUGGCGCACCCGGACCUCAGGGAUUGAACGGAGUCGAUGGACAACCAGGUCCGCAAGGAUACACGGGACAGAAGGGAGGCACCGGUCUGCCCGGACGACCAGGCAAUGAGGGACCAGCUGGCAGGAAGGGCGAAAAGGGAAACGCAGGAUUCGAUGGACCACCGGGACCGAUUGGCCCCAUUGGACACCAAGGACCACCAGGACCCGAGGGAGAGAAGGGUGAAGCCGGUUUGCCCGGCAUUGGCAUUCCUGGAGCCAAGGGAGACGAAGGAGUUCCUGGAUAUCCCGGACAGAAGGGCAGCAAGGGAGAGCGCGGCUUCAAGGGCAACGUGGGUGUUCCCGGUGAUUCCAAGCUUGGCCGUCCUGGUGCCCCUGGUUUGGUCGGUGCUCCUGGGCCAAAGGGUGAUGCAGGACGUCCCGGUACUCCCGGCCAGAAGGGAGACAUGGGCAUCAAGGGAGACGUCGGCGGCAAGUGCUCCUCGUGCAGGGCAGGAGCCAAGGGAGACAAGGGUGCGAUCGGUCUGCCCGGCAUUCCCGGCAAGGAUGGCGCACGCGGUCUACCCGGCGAGCGAGGAUAUCCCGGAGAGCGUGGACACGAUGGUAUCAACGGCCAAACUGGAUUGCCCGGUGAGAAGGGAGAGGACGGUCAGACGGGAGUUCCCGGUGCCGAUGGAGCACCCGGUCUUCCGGCCAUUGCGGACCUGAGCCUUAUCGAACCCAUCAAGGGCGAAAAGGGUAAUCCUGGCUGGAAUGGAGCCCCCGGAGUGAAGGGAGAGCGUGGACCUGACGGUUUGCAAGGAGCUCCUGGACGCAAGGGAGAGUUUGGUUUGAAGGGAGAGAAGGGUCUUUCCGGUGCUCCCGGUAUUGAUGGAAGACCCGGACGCGCUGGACGAGACGGCUACCCUGGAAUCCCCGGUGUGUCCAUCAAGGGAGAGCCUGGAUUCCAUGGCCUCAACGGACCCAAGGGUGACAAGGGUACUUUGGGCAGGUCCGGAGAGAAGGGAGAACCUGGCAGCUGUGCCGCCGAUGCACUGAUUGUGCCCGCCAAGGGCAACAAGGGUGAGCCCGGCCAGACGGGCAUGCCAGGACCUGUGGGAUUGACCGGCGAGAAGGGAGACACCGGCUACGAUGGCCCCAAGGGCGACACUGGACCCCAGGGUCCGGCUGGCUUGGAAGGACCUCGCGGCUUGACUGGACCACGCGGCGAGAAGGGCAACCAGGGAGCGGUUGGUGCCCCUGGUAAUCCCGGCAAGGAUGGCUUCCGCGGCGUUCCCGGACGCAAUGGUGAAGCCGGCCCGAGGGGAGAGCCUGGCAUCUCAGUGGCCGGACCUACCGGACCACCUGGUCUGAGUGGUCUGCAGGGCGAGAAGGGUGAACGUGGUCUAACUGGAGUCCAAGGCUUCCCCGGACCCGAUGGCAGCGUGGGAUAUCCUGGCGACCGAGGCGACGCCGGUUUGCCCGGAGUGGCUGGACGUCCCGGAGCUGUUGGAGAGAAGGGAGACGUGGGUCCCUUGGGUCCUCAAGGUGCCCCCGGACCUCCGGGUAUUCCUGGUAUCGACGGCGUGCGUGGUCGUGAUGGCGCCAAGGGUGAGCCCGGCAAUCCUGGACUCGUCGGCAUGCCCGGCAACAAGGGAGAUCGUGGUGAGCCUGGCAACGAUGGACCCAAGGGCUUCGCUGGCGUCACUGGUGCCCCCGGAAAGCGCGGACCCGCUGGUAUUCCCGGUCUUCCUGGUGCCAAGGGUGACAAGGGAGCUGCUGGCUUGACUGGAAACGAUGGACCUGUGGGCGGACGCGGUCCCCAAGGUGCUCCUGGCCUAAUGGGCGUGAAGGGUGACCAGGGCGUGGCCGGUGCCCCCGGACAGCCUGGCCUGGACGGCUUGCCUGGCGAGAAGGGUGUCCAAGGAUUCCCAGGUCUGGAUGGAGCUCCUGGUCUGCCUGGCGAUGCCUCCGAGAAGGGACAGAAGGGUGAGCCCGGCCUUUCCGGACUUCGUGGUGAUACAGGUCCAGCUGGAGAGCCCGGUUGGCCCGGUGACAAGGGUCUGCCCGGUCUGCCCGUGCAUGGACGUCCUGGUCCUCAGGGCGAGAAGGGUGAUGCUGGACGCAAUGGCCUCGAUGGACUCGACGGAAAGAAUGGCGAGAAAGGUGACCAAGGUCUGCAGGGGGUUUGGGGCCAGACUGGAGAGAAGGGAUCGGUGGGAGCUCCCGGUGCUCCCGGUCUCCCUGGCAUCGAUGGUCUGCCCGGUGCAGCUGGUGCUCCUGGCCCUGCUGGCUAUCCCGGCGUUCGCGGCGACAAGGGAGAGCCUGGUCUAACUGGUCUGGAUGGACUCAAGGGUGCCACUGGACCCGCUGGUCUUCAAGGUUUCACCGGAGCUCCUGGCCCCAAGGGUGAGCGCGGUCUCCGUGGUCAACCGGGUGCCCCGGCCUCCGUUCUGGUGGAGCGCGGCGAGAAGGGAGCUCAGGGCGAGCAAGGAUACGCUGGCGAGAAGGGCGAACGUGGUGACCAAGGAGAAACCGGUCUAACUGGACGCGAAGGAGCGAAGGGUGAUCGCGGCUUGACGGGACCACCUGGUGCCAAUGGCUUGAACGGUUUCCCUGGUGCCAAGGGUGACAUCGGGCCUCAAGGAGAGGCUGGCUAUCCUGGAGUCACCAUCAAGGGAGAGAAGGGUUUGCCCGGUCGCCCCGGCAGGAAUGGACGUCAAGGUAUCAUUGGAGCCCCGGGUUUGAUUGGCGAACGUGGUUUGCCCGGUUUGGAUGGAGAGCCAGGACUUGUGGGUCUGCCUGGACCCAUUGGACCGGCUGGCAUCAAGGGAGAGCGCGGCUUGGCCGGCACCCCCGGACAACCUGGACAGGAUGGCUUCCCCGGCGCCCCCGGACAGAAGGGAGAUGCUGGACCGCAGGGCUUCAAGGGUGAACGUGGUCUGAACGGCUUCGAAGGACAGAAGGGAGACAAGGGUGAGCAGGGACUCCAGGGACCACCUGGUCUGGUCGGUUUGACCGGAGCCAAGGGUGACAUUGGCUACCCGGGAUUGGAUGGCAACGAUGGACCUCCUGGCCCUGUUGGGGAACGCGGCUUCACCGGACCCAAGGGACUCGAUGGACGUGACGGACUACCUGGCCAGCCUGGACAGAAGGGUGAACCCGGAAUGGUGCCCCCACCGGGACCCAAGGGUGAGCCUGGUCAGCCCGGACGCAAUGGACAAAAGGGCGAGGUGGGACCACCAGGACCAGUUGGCCUCAGCGGCAUCCAGGGCGAGCGCGGUGAGAAGGGUGAGCGUGGAUUGAUCGGUGUGACCGGAAACGUGGGUCGUCCGGGAGCCAAGGGAGAUCGCGGUGAGCAGGGCGAACGCGGUUUCGACGGUGCUGUUGGUCUGAUCGGUGUGAAGGGCGAACCCGGAGCACCGUGCUCCGCUGCCCUGGACUACCUCACCGGCAUCCUGGUCACCCGUCACAGUCAGUCGGAAACGGUGCCCCGGUGCGCUGCCGGACACACGGAACUCUGGACGGGCUACUCGCUGCUGUACGUCGAUGGCAAUGACUACGCCCACAACCAGGACCUCGGUUCCCCCGGCUCCUGUGUGCCCAGGUUCUCCACCCUGCCAGUGCUCUCCUGCGGUCAGAACAACGUCUGCAACUACGCCUCGCGCAACGACAGGACCUUCUGGCUGACCACCAACGCCGCCAUGCCGAUGAUGCCCGUGGAGAACGAGGCCAUCCGGCAGUACAUCUCGCGUUGCGUCGUCUGUGAGGCGCCGGCCAAUGUGAUCGCCGUGCACAGCCAGACGAUAGAGGUGCCCGACUGUCCGAACGGCUGGGAGGGUCUCUGGAUCGGCUACAGCUUCGUCAUGCACACGGCCGUGGGCAACGGAGGCGGUGGACAGGCGCUGCAAUCGCCUGGCUCCUGCUUGGAGGACUUCCGCUCCACGCCCUUCAUCGAGUGCAACGGCGCCAAGGGCUGGUGCCACUUCUACGAGUCGAUGACCAGCUUCUGGAUGUUCAACCUGGACACCACACAGCCGUUCGCCAAGCCCGAGCAGCAGACGAUCAAGGCCGGCGAUCGGCAGUCGCGUGUCUCCAGGUGCCAGGUGUGCAUGAAGAACUCGUCGUAGGACCUCCACGCAGUAGCCCCCACAGACACCCACACAGCACACACAGCAUAAGUUUAAUCUAAAUGUAAAGCCUUAAAUUUACCAACGAGCCGUGUGUGUGCCCCGCCCACACACGCACAACACCAACAAGAAACAAAAACCAACAAACACACACCGACGAACCAACACUGCUACAAAUUCCUUAAACUAACCAAAAAUGAAAGAACGGAUCCCCGGUCGAAGUGCUAUUUACUGACCCGGACCACAAUGCCAUUUUUUAUCUGCCAAUUAAUGUUCUAAACAAAUGUAAACUGCUUCUAAGUUACGCUACGUAAGUUAAGUAAAUCAAACAAAUAAAUAAACUAGCCUCGGUCGUAUGUCGAAAAAUAUUAAAGCCACCACGUGUGCGUGCGAUCAUGUUCCGGUUUUAUUCUCCAACCCGAUCAAAUGCGAAUGAUGCGCCAUGUACAACGAUGAUACGACGAGUAUCGAACGAAUCCUUCGACAUUGAUCACCGCCUCAACUGCUGUACACAACUUUGUCGCCCGUUGUUUACGUUUACGAAACAAACAAAAAAUGGUAAAAUAAAGAAAAUUUAUAAAUACA